AUGCGGUCUUGGCACGUCCUGCUGGCCCUCGUCGGGUUCGCAACAGCCACGUGCUAUUAUGCGAACAAGUCCCGGAUGACCGAUUCCUUCAUCGCAUGCGGUGUGGACGGCUUUUCAUCAUGCUGUUGGGAGGGUGAAACAUGCCUGGAGAAUGGAUUAUGCCAGGAAGCCAGUGGGAAGUGGUACCGUGGGCCCUGUGAUAAUCCAGACUGGGACGGAUGUUAUCAGGCGUGCGUGAAGCACAAAGACGACAUCGGUUGCUGUGGAGAGAACUCUGCCGAGUAUUUCUCUGCGACACUAUCGUCUUCCUCCGAGCCUACCGUCUCAGAGACCGAGCCUACCGUCUCAGUGACCGAGUCAUCUUCCUCCAAGUCCACCAUCUACGUGACGGCAUCCCCUUCCUCGAACCCCACCGUUUACGUGACCGCAUCGCCAGACCCAUCCAAGCCCUUGCCCGCGGGCACCAUUACCGGUAUCGCUAUGGGCGGAGUGGUCGUGCUGGGAUCCAUCGGUGCGAUUAUCUGGGUUUUGCUCCGUCGAAGAGGGCCCAAGCCCGAUGCAGGAGACCAAGGCGUCCUUAUGCAGAUGCAACAACCACAAGUUGGGAGUCCUAUAGGCCCGCCAAAUAUCGAUAUGGCCGGCGUGAUGGGUAUGGGAAUGGGAAUGGGGACAGUGUUAGGAGCGGCCGUUGUCGGUGUGAAUACUGGCGAGAACCGGGAGCCAUAUAUGACCGAGAUACACGAUGGGCUUAAGAUGCAUUCCCCCGGAGCCGAGAAGAGUGCCGCUGCAAAGACGUCACCACCAGUUGAAAUAGAUGACGGCGUGAGGAUGCAGCCGCCAGUGAAGAUGGAGGUUCAUGUAACGACGGCGCCGAUGCAGCCGCACUCGCAGCCUGCGGUUCGGAAGGAUGUUUUUGAGGUGUGA